AUGCUGGCGGACGCGUUGCUGCCUGCCCAGCGACGCGUCUUGGCCUUGUCCCACGUCAACAAAUCGAGUUCCACAAGCAUUUCACACUUUGAACAGACCGGGCCUGUGUCAACCACCGAUGCAGCACCGGCUGCCACUACACACCCGAACAAGGAGAAUCUUGUGCCUAAGAGCCGGUUUCCAACACAACAGGCAAUUGAGCGCUUGCACAAACCCUUCAAAUGCCCUGGAGCAGCAAGACCAACAUUAGCUUCAGAUCGCCCAGCGCGAAAGCGAAGAAAAGUCGACUACUCCGGAGCCGACGGUGAUGCUGACGGUAAUGGAGAUAAACCAUACACAAACGCUGACCGUCUCGCCCUACCCACCCGUGAAGCAAACAAAUUCCCAGUCUUCCAGGUCAAAGACAAGGAACAAGUCUUUCGGAAGGCUUUCUCAGUACCUCUUAUCAACAAGAGCUCUUACAACCCCAAUCGACCACCACCCUCCUUAGGCCUCAGACGCGGAACUGUGUUUGUGGCAAAACCUCUCCACGACCCAUGUGGGGAAUUCGCAAUCGUACUGUAUGACCCAACCAUUGACGACAAGCCGAAGGACGCGCCCCCUCCCGAGGAGAAGGAGCCUGAAAAGAAACCAGAGGGGCCAUCUAUGCACAAAAGUCUUGCCGAAAUUCUGGGCAUUAAGAAACAACCAGUCAAUGAGCGGCCCCGUGUGCCCGUUGUCAUCGAUCCCAAGUUGGCCAAGGUUCUUCGACCUCACCAAAUCGAGGGUGUCAAGUUCAUGUACCGUUGCGUUACGGGCAUGAUCGACCCUAAGGCGAACGGGUGCAUUAUGGCUGACGAAAUGGGUCUGGGCAAGACCCUACAAUGCAUCACACUUCUCUGGACACUUCUCAAACAAUCCCCCGAAGCUGGGAAGCCGACCAUUGAGAAAGCCAUUGUUGCGUGCCCGUCGAGUUUAGUGCGUAACUGGGCAAAUGAGCUGGUGAAAUGGCUCGGUAAAGAUGCCAUCAAUCCGUUUACUAUUGACGGGAAAGCCUCAAAGGAGGAAUUGACCCGUCAGCUCCAUCAAUGGGCGAUUGCGAGCGGCCGGUCCGUCACCAGACCCGUUAUCAUUGUCUCCUACGAGACUCUGCGUCUCAACGUUGAGGCGCUCAAGGGGACACCAAUUGGCCUGAUGCUUUGCGAUGAGGGCCAUCGUCUCAAGAACGGAGACAGCCAAACCUUCAAUGCCCUUAACAGUCUCAACGUAUCGCGACGCGUCAUUCUUUCCGGUACCCCCAUCCAGAAUGACCUGUCCGAGUACUUCUCUCUCAUUAGCUUCGCCAAUCCCGAUCUGCUUGGGAGCCGAGCCGAGUUCCGCAAACGGUUCGAGCUUCCCAUUCUGCGUGGCCGUGAUGCCGAUGCCUCGGAAGCUGAGAGAAAGCGCGGCGAUGAGUGCUUGGCUGAACUGCUUAGUAUUGUCAACAAGUUCAUCAUCAGACGCACGAACGAUCUCCUGUCUAAGUACCUUCCCGUCAAGUAUGAGCAUGUCGUAUUCUGCAACCUGGCGCCGUUCCAGGCCGAUCUUUAUAAUUACUUCAUCACGUCUCCAGACAUCCAGGCGUUGCUCAGGGGCAAGGGGUCCCAGCCACUCAAAGCCAUCGGGAUCCUCAAGAAGCUGUGCAAUCAUCCUGAUCUUCUCGAUCUUCCGGGAGACCUUCCCGGCUGUGAGCAGUACUUCCCAGAGGACUUCGUCCCCAAGGAUGCUCGCGGUCGCGACCGCGAUGUUAAGUCGUGGUAUUCGGGCAAGAUGAUCGUCCUGGACCGCAUGCUUGCUCGCAUUCGUGCCGAGACGAACGACAAGAUCGUGCUCAUCAGCAACUACACACAAACGUUGGACCUAUUCGAGAGGUUGUGUCGCUCACGUGGCUACGGCUGCUUACGUCUGGACGGCACGAUGAACGUCAACAAGCGGCAGAGGCUUGUAGACAAGUUCAAUGACCCUAACGGCGACGAAUUUGUCUUCUUGCUAUCUAGCAAAGCCGGUGGCUGCGGCCUCAAUCUCAUCGGUGCCAACCGACUGGUGCUGUUUGAUCCGGACUGGAACCCCGCUGCCGACCAGCAGGCCCUUGCUCGUGUCUGGCGUGAUGGCCAGAAGAAAGAUUGCUUCGUGUACCGCUUCAUCGCGACCGGCACAAUCGAGGAGAAGAUUUUCCAGAGACAGAGCCACAAGCAGUCUCUCAGCUAUUGUGUCGUUGACUCGGCCGAGGACGUUGAGCGUCACUUCAGUUUGGACGCACUCCGUGAGCUGUUCCAGUACCGGCCCGACACGCGCAGUGAUACGCACGACACGUUCAAGUGCAAGCGCUGCAAGCCUGAUGGAAAGCAGUUCAUCAAGGCACCGGCCAUGUUGUACGGUGAUACCAGCACGUGGAAUCAUUUUGUCAAUGAGGGCCUAAAGAAUAUCGAGGAUCAUUUGUUGAAGCAGGAGUGUGGAGAGCCUAUUGUUAGCGCUGUCUUCCAGUACAUCUCACAUUGA